AUGUCGGAAGUUGAAAACCAAAUGCGACCACGCAUUGCCCAAGUGCGGUCGAUGUGCACAAAAGAAUGCUGUAUGUAUUUAUGCUCCGGCGCCUAUGACAAGGGCUUUUCGACCUCUAUCAGAAACCAAGAGCAGAGGACGACGGAAGCCAAGGAUAUCCGGAUCACCCGCAUCGCGGUCGUGGUGAGUACGCCGCCACUGGAGAGUGCUGGCUUCCUCGGCCCAACCAGCUAUCGCUCCUUGAUGAGUGAGGGCGUUAGUGAUAGUGACCCUGGCGUAGCAGACACUGAUCGUACAACGUAUACGAUCGACCCGCGGCAACUCGAUCUCGGACUCAAGAUCUUGGAUUUCCUGGCCGAUAAUGCACAGCUCGUGAGCGGCUUAGUGAGAAAGGUGUACGUGUUUGGACGCUCGCCUAUUAUUCCGGAAGUGCUUAUGUUUCCCGCGCUCGAUAUGCUAUGGGAUACCUUUGGGGACUAUAUGACACAAGAUGAACCAUCAAGACUAAGCACAGUUGUUCGUGUUUUUGAAAACUCCUACCAACAAGUCCCUCGCAAAUUUGCCAUGCAUGCCGGUGAGUUGAGCCAUUGGAUCAGUGGGAAGAAUGUCAGGUGGGAAACCAUCGGCAGCGUGAUACAGAUUGCCAUCAUGGGCUUGAUCUAUAUGCCUGAGCGUGAUGUUACCCAGAUUGACCCCCAGCAGAGAAGCAAGGAUGAGGCUCUCGCGCAGAUGCUAGAGGUCAUUGACCAACUCUUACCACUGAGCAAUGCACUGCCCGUUGUCAAUCAGCUCAUGGCCGCUGGUUAUACUCCUCGCUUGGGGAACUCUCUUCAUGUAUUUACGCUACGGGAAUCCACCAAUACAACAUCCUACGGACAGUAUCCGGGGUUUAUCGACCUGUGGCAGAGGAGAUGCUUCGCCGUAGUAUAUAGUAUGGAUAAAACCAUUGCCACAAUACUUGGUCGACCACCCUCAAUGACUCGACAUUAUUGUGUCUUAAAGCCGCCACUGGACAUUGAUGAUGACAUAGAUCUUCCAGACUACGAGCGCAGUCUUCAAAUGCUAGAUAGCAAUGGGUGGAAUACUGACGGAAAACGACGUCCCGCUACUAUAGUUCGUCUUCGCUUCCUUCUGGCGACAGUCCGAGAGGAGAUUCUUGAGCUACACCUGGGGGUUAAUUACGUCGACAUCGAGGGAAAAACAAGCAAUAUCCUGCAAAGUCUGCAAUCAAUUUGGGAUACGUGUCCUAGUCAUAUGAAAUAUUCACCGGACAUGUGGUAUGAACAGAUGCCCAGCCAGGAUAUUAUCGCUCUUCUCUCCAUUUAUCUGGAUUACCUUCACUCAAUCUUCCUGUUGCAUCGAUUCGCGACCCAAGAAUGCCAAAAUGAGAAGCCCAAAGAGCUUCUCCUUGUGGCAAAGACGAUCCUCUCCACCGUCCUGGUGAUCAAUGAACACCGGGAAAGAGCAAGAGAGGUCAGAAGUGACUUUUCCAGCAUUUUCCUACCAUACGGUCUCCCCAGUGCCGAACUUCUUGCGACGGAGUUACUCCAAUCCUCCAACCCUUUACUGGGUCGUCCCACCUAUCCUGGUUUGCCCCGGGCAGAGGUAAUACGGGAGUUGACCCUCUACAUCUCCUGCCUAAGCUGGGUAGCUAGGCCUGGGAGUGGUAAUCUGGGAUUUUGCAAGAAGGUCAAGGCGAAACUGACCCGCAUCCUGGACCAAAUCCUUGACCCCUCGUAUGUCGCACCGGACUCGAGUGGCAACCACGGUGGAAGCAGCAGCGAUGUUUCGUGGGCUUUCCCGGAACUCCUUGAUUCCGACUUUACAAUCAACAGUUUACUUCACUCAGAUGAUGGCAGUAACUGGGACCCUGGAUUUGAUCUGUUCUGUGGGCCUGUCUUCUAA